GGGAAGACAUCCCUGAUCACAAGGUUCAUGUAUGACAGUUUUGACAACACGUACCAGGCUACAAUUGGAAUCGACUUCUUAUCUAAAACCAUGUACUUAGAAGACCGGACAGUGCGGUUGCAGCUCUGGGACACAGCAGGCCAGGAGAGAUUCCGAAGCUUGAUUCCCAGUUACAUUCGAGACUCCACAGUAGCUGUGGUGGUCUAUGACAUCACAAAUCUCAACUCCUUCCAGCAGACAUCCAAAUGGAUUGAUGAUGUUAGAACAGAAAGAGGAAGUGAUGUCAUUAUUAUGCUAGUAGGCAACAAAACAGACCUUGCAGAUAAGAGGCAGAUAACAAUUGAAGAAGGGGAACAGAGAGCUAAAGAGCUGAAUGUCAUGUUUAUUGAGACAAGUGCAAAAACAGGAUACAAUGUAAAACAGGUAAGAAAGGAAACUUCCUCAGCUUUGCCAGGAAUGGAGAGUGUUCAAGAGAAGAGCAAAGAAGGGAUGAUUGACAUAAAGUUGGACAAACCACAGGAACCACCAGCCAGUGAAGGAGGGUGCUCUUGUUAAUGCAAAGCGAAGGAUUCGUCAGCUCCAUUUGACACCACACGCUUGUUGUGUUGCUUCCUAUUGGUUAGCUUCCUAAUACUACGACUUGAGUUAUUCAAUGGGGAGAAUCUCUUUUCUCUCUGUGUCUCUCCAGGGAGGGGGUGGCAGGGAUCAGAAUACAUUAUUCAACAGCUGGUUCUAUUUUAUUUUGUUGGGUUUGGCUGUAAUAUAUUGUACUUUAUUAAAAAUGCCAAAACAAUUCAGAAUUUUAAACAAGACACUUUGUGUGUAUACAGCUCUCAGCCAUGGGGACUUGUAUCUUUUCCGGGCACUUUUUUUAAUUGUAUAUUUGUAAACUUACAGAGACAACCCCAAGAUUAUACAGGCUGGCUAAUUUCAAUGUUUGGCAUAAAGAGUACACAUACCUUGUAGGAAACUAGUCCCUGAUUGGUUCACUGAGACACUAACUAUACAAUUCACAGUCCAAUGACAGGCUAGCAAUGUGUGCUGCAGUUGCCAGUAUACAAAACAAGGCCUCUGACUAUAUAGCCAUGUAGAGGUGGACAAGAGAGCUACAACUAGACACACUUUGUUCAUGAUAGAGGCAGUGUGCCUCCAUAGCUCCCAAAUGGCUUCACAGGGUCUAUAGUGCAUGCACAUCUUGCUAUCAUGUUUCAUACUGUAUUUUAUUAUACUAUGGGAGUGGUUUCUUUUUAGCACUGCUAGAGCAGGUACAUGUUUUAAGAUGUUCACUUGUCACAUAGUCUUAAGUCCAUUUGAAAAAAAGAAUCACACUAGCUAGCAGAAGCCACCACACACAUACACUAGGGUGUAUUUGUGAAACCAAUGGCAUUGCUGUCACUUUAAAUGUAUGGUUGUCCCAUGGGGUUCUGAUCAUCCUUGUUCUCUGCCAGCACAUCACAGCCAAAUCUGGCUGCCAGUUUAACUUUAAAAUUGUGUUGAACAAA